UUAGUACUCGUGUUAUCGUAGAACAUAGCGAAGGAUCAUCAUGGAUCGUCUUAUCUCGAAAUGCUAAUAACUGACAUUUGCAAUAUUUCGUUCGCGCAUUGUGUCGUGGAGAUUAUUUGAAUAUUUGAAAGCAGAGACAAAACUAACCACGCGAAAAUAGUUUUCGAAGACGUUCGAAGACUAGGGAAAAAGUGGAAGCAGAAAAAUUGACGGCGAGUGGCGCGAAUCGCCGGCUGAAAGGUUCAAUCGCCGAGCCAUGGCCAAUGGCCGCCGCGAAUGUGUGUCUCGUGUCGGCUCCUCGGUGGCCGUUGUGAUCGAUGAAUUACUACGUGUUUGCGAAGUGUGCUAACUCGCUCGAUCAGCUCGAUCACGCGUAGUUGUUACUCGCGACCGACAGAACAAUAUGUCGAGCCGGCAGUCGAAAAAAGAAAAGGAUGCUACGAAGAUUGGCAAGGACAAGGGAAAGAACGGCAAGGAUGGCGAGACAGGUGACGAGACCAACAAGGUAGCAGGAGGACCACCCACGACCAAUGCACCCCCACCGCCAACGUUGAUCAACAAGAUCAAAUAUCAGCCUGGCGGUCCUGUGAUAAAAAAGGACAAGCGGCAAAGUAGUUCAAGAUUCAACAUUUCGAAAAAUCGAGAGCUUCAAAAGUUGCCGCUUUUGUCCGAAGCGCAACAGGGGAACGAAAGGGAGGAACUUUUUAUACAGAAGCUGCGGCAAUGCUGUGUACUUUUCGAUUUUGAGUCUGAUCCACUGUCGGACUUAAAAUGGAAGGAAGUGAAGCGCACCGCACUACACGAGAUGGUUGAGUACGUUACCAAGAACAAAAACGUUAUAACCGAAGCGAUAUACCCUGAAGCUGUGAAUAUGUUUGCAGUGAAUCUAUUUCGUACGCUUCCACCGUCAUCGAAUCCAAACGGCGCCGAGUUCGACCCGGAAGAGGACGAGCCAACCUUGGAAGCUGCCUGGCCUCACUUGCAAUUGGUUUACGAAUUCUUUCUUCGGCUGUUGGAGUCCCCGGAUCUUCAACCGAUAGUCGCGAGACAUUACUUAGACCAGAAGUUCGUGUUGCAGCUUCUGGAACUGUUCGAUUCCGAGGAUCCGCGCGAAAGGGAUUUCCUCAAGACAACGCUUCAUAGGAUUUAUGGAAAGUUUUUAGGGCUUAGAGCGUACAUCAGGAAACAAAUAAACAACAUUUUUUAUCGAUUUAUAUACGAGACAGAGCACCAUAACGGCAUCGCUGAACUCCUGGAGAUUUUGGGAAGUAUAAUCAACGGAUUCGCUUUACCACUGAAGGAGGAACACAAAAUAUUUCUAUUAAAGGUGCUUUCACCUUUGCAUAAAGCCAAAUCGUUGUCCGUCUAUCAUCCGCAGUUAGCGUACUGCGUCGUGCAAUUUCUAGAAAAAGAUCCGUCGCUGACUGAACCGGUUCUUAGAAGUUUAUUGAAAUUCUGGCCAAAAACACAUUCCCCGAAAGAAGUGAUGUUCUUAAACGAGCUCGAAGAAAUUCUGGACGUGAUCGAGCCCGCCGAGUUUCAGAAAGUUAUGGACCCUCUGUUUAGGCAAUUAGCGAAAUGCGUUUCAUCGCCACAUUUUCAGGUGGCUGAACGAGCUCUCUAUUACUGGAACAACGAAUACAUAAUGUCCCUGGUAUCGGAUAACUAUUUAGUGAUUCUGCCCAUCGUGUAUCCAGCGUUUUACGAGAAUUCGCGAAAUCAUUGGAACAAGACUAUUCACGGAUUGAUUUACAAUGCGCUGAAGCUUUUCAUGGAGAUGAAUCAAAAAGUAUUCGACGAGUACACAAAACAGUAUUUACAGAAUUGUCAAAGAGAGAGGAAGCUCAUGAAAGAGAGAGACGAAGCAUGGAUGCGAGUAGAAGCUUUAGCGAUGAGACAUCCGUGUUAUGCCAUGACCGUUCAGGGUUUAACGAAUACUAAUGCGACUAGCACGAUAUCGCAACAACAAUUAAACAGCCCUCCACCCGACGAAGAUGGUGAUGUGGAUCCAAUGCCGCUCACUUUGGAGAAGAUAGAGGCAAAGGCAAACGAGGCAAAGAAGAUGACCAUCUCCAAUAAAACCAAGCCACUUUUGCGAAGGAAAAGUGACUUACCUCAAGACACGCACACAAUGCGGGCAUUGUCCGACCAUAAACGCGCGGAUGAGUACCUCGUCACGCCACCGGACCCCAAUAAUUGCUAGUCUCUACCGCAAUCUCUUCCCAUGUAUCCUCUCUUCUGCUGCAGUGAUAUCGGGAGUUAGGUUUUUUCGAGGAAAAACAAACACAUCGACGAUCUCGAUCGAAUUCGAUCGAUCGUCCAACAGAGUUUUAUCAUAUAGAGGCCACAAUGUCGUAAUCCCCCUUAUAUCAAAACUGUCGAGAUGUAUGUAAUAUUGUCUCUUUUCUUUACGGUAACGAAAAAAAAAAAGAAAUGAAAGAAAAGCUUUCUCUCGUCGCACCCAGCACUUCCGGAAAAAAAAUAACUGAUAACUCCCUAUAUACUCAUCGAGUUGAUUUACAUAAGGUAUCCGCGAGAAUUAUGCAAAUAUUACGUACUCGCUGUUAAAAACCAUGAAACGUGAAAAAAACCUAGCGAAUAAGGGUCCUAAGUAUGUAUGCAUAUACAGAGUAUUUUAUAAACUAUAGAUUUCUUGGGUAUGAGGUGGUCUGUCGCUGAAAGUGAGACUAUCUCCAAAAACACGCCUUCGUUUUUUAAAUUCAAUUUUUGAAUUUCCGACGGUGCACUUCGCUGUGUUAGUUCGUAAAAGAUAAAAGCGAUUCUGCAUAUAUGAUCGAUGGGUACAGUCUGAACUUUGAUUCUAUGCGAAUCCGUUUGUAAGUAAUAGUUUUAGGUUAUGUGCUUUUAGCGAUGGAUUGUCCUCAGAUUAUAGAAAUUUAUACUUUAUCGAACGCCCUAUAUACUCUAAAUAAACAAAUUUUAUACGAAUGCGAAAGAGGUCAGAAAAGAAUGGACGCUUGCUUGAUGUUGUAAUAAUAAUAAUAAUAAUAAUAAUAAUAAUAAUAAUAAUAA